GAGCAUCAUGUAUGAGCUGCCACUAUUCCAAUAAUAUUAACAGUAGCGUUAAGCGAAUCUUCCCUAGAGUCUGGGCGACGGAGGUGCACGGAAUGGACAAAAACAGACAACAGCCCAGCUCCGCUUCCGCCUCCAGCGUCGCAGAUGACCAUCCAUCAAUUUCCAAAGACAUCAAUGCAGAAGCUCUUGCAAUGCUUGACAAGUUCUUCAAAUUCUCUACCCCCAUCCCACCUAAUCUUAGCCAUCCUGAUGCUUAUUCUGACCUCUUCCGCAGCUGCCUCAAGGUCCAAUCCAUUGAACGGGGCAAAAUCUCCUGCCUUCUCACUGUCAAACUCCCAAUUUUGAAUAUUUAUGGUGGAAUGCACGGCGGAGCAGUUGCAUGUGUGGCAGAAUUGGUGUCGCAUGCUUGUGCUAGAACUGUAGUAGGAAAGGAUAAGGAGAUCUUUCUUGGAGAAUUGAGCACAUCUUAUCUCUCCGCUGCUCCUAAUAAGGCUAAUGUGAUUGUUGAUGGAUCUGUGGUAAGGAGCGGAAGAAACCUGACAGUGGUUGCAGUUGAGUUCAAAAUUGAGGAGUCAGGCAAAUUGGUUUACACUUCUCGUGCAACCAUAUACCACCUGCCUACUGCAAGAUUGUGAAUCAUAUUUGUUCAGCAAAUUACAAAUAAGCAUCUUACAUGAAUUUUUCUUGUAGUUGUUGCCUGGCAUACUGUUCAAAAUUCUACCAUCCGUAACUAUUGAAGAUAGAUUUAAUUUGUUGGAAGCAUGUGGAUAAAAAGCAAGUCUUUGUAUUCUAGCUUUUAUUUUGCUCUUUUGACUUUAGAACAUUGCAGAAACUAAUACUUGCAAUUGUAUUAUGGGAUUCUCCUGCUUAUGUGCCAGACUAAAAGAUUUUCUCAUCAUAC